UUCGUCGCGCAUUCGGCCUUCGUGCGUCUUCGGGCGACGCCGGCAGAGCAGAGGCAGCGAUGGGAAUCGCAGCAACGGUUCUUAGACAUUAGGUUGCGCGCCAUCGUCCCAGGCGGUCGCACAUUCCACGUGCCAUAGCCGUAACCACAACCUGCCGACCGUUUAAAGCCAAACCAAAAAAAAAAACGAACCGAAACUGCCUUCACAAAGUACCUAAACCAAACUUAAAUAGCUGCCAAAAGGAACCAAAACCGCCGUUUCCCCGGAAAAGAGAUGAUGGGAUCGCCGGGAUCCCAAGCGUCCGCGAUCGCGACCUCGGUCGGAAUCAAAAGCGGACGGAGAGGUCAAGCGGGGUCGCUGCUCCUGCGCCUCCUUGCCGUGUCCUUCGUCCUUGCCGCCUGCCACGCGCCGCUGACAAGUGCCAAGCAAGUUUCACAACUUAGCGAUGACCAAGAUUUUAUGCUGGCGGAUGAUGCGUCGCUUCAGGGCAUCAACGAUUCCGAGUGGCAGGCCCCAAGUGUUGACGACGUCCCUCUGGACGACUUCUAUGAGGCACUGAAGCCCAUGGAGGACAAGUUCGAGGAGAAGGACUUGCCCACUGGCAACUGGUUCAGCCAGAGUGUUCAUCGCGUUCGCCGUUCCAUAAAUCGUUUCUUUGGUAACAAUGACGAUCAGGAGCGGGAACGGGAACGGGAAAGGGAACGAGAACGGGAACUGGAACAACGACGAGAACGGGAACUGGAACAACGACGACAACGUGAACGGGCACAAAGGAAUCGCGAUGCGAUUAAUCGGCAAAAAGAAUUGCGCCGCAAACAAAAGGAGAACCAGAACCAAAUGAAGCAAAUGCGAAAGGAGCACCAGCUGGAGAAACAGCGCCUGGCCAGACGGGCCAAUCAUGUUGCCUUCAACAGCGCCACCAAUCCUCGCAAGCGGGCAUCGGACCUUUACGACGAGAACGAGGCAUCCGGCUAUCAUGAGGAGGAAACCACCAUCUAUCGUACCUUCUUCGUCGUCAACGAACCCUAUACCAACGAAUACAGAGAUCGCGAAAGCGAACAGUUCCAGAACCUGCAAAAACUACUGGACGAUGAUUUGCGCAGCUUUUUCCACAGCAACUACGAAGGUAACGAUGACGAGGAGCUGGAAAUUCGCAGCACCCUGGAGCGCGUUGAACCCACCAAAGAUCACUUCAAAAUUCGCGUACAACUCAGAAUAGAGCUGCCCACUUCUACCACCGACUUCGGAAGUAAAUUGCAGCAGCAACUGAUUAAAUACAAUCGUAUCGAUCACUUGGGUGCCGUCACAGAUGGCGUCUUCUCCUUCACAGAAUCCAGUGAUUUCGAUGAUGAGGUAAUCGAUGUUACAUUGCCCACGGACGAGGUAGAGGGCUCUGGUAGCGAUCCCUUCAGCUGUCGCGGAGACGCCACCUUCACCUGUCACCGGAGCGGAAAACUCAUUUGCGAUGAAAUGCGAUGCGAUAGGGAGAUCCAAUGUCCCGACGGCGAGGACGAAGAGUACUGCAACUAUCCAAUUGUUUGCACUGAAGAUCAGUUUAAGUGCGACGAGAAGUGUCUGCCCCUCGAAAAGCACUGUGAUAAACAUGUCGAUUGUCUGGAUCAGACCGACGAGGCUGGCUGUGUUUAUGUAGAAUCACAACCUGAACCGCAGCCCGAACCUGAACCUGAACCAGAGCCGGAACCUGAACCUGAACCUGAACCUGAACCAGAGCCGGAACCGGAGCCUGAUCAAGAAGCUGAACUCCCAGUACCGGAAAAUAAUGAGUGCCAAUCCAACGAGUUUAGAUGCAAUAACGGAGAUUGCAUCGAUGCCAGAAAGCGUUGCGACAACGUUUCAGAUUGUAGCGAAGGCGAGGACGAGAACGAGGAAUGCCCCGCCGCCUGCAGCGGAAUGGAGUACCAAUGUCGCGACGGCACACGCUGCAUCAGUGUGAGUCAGCAAUGCGACGGUCACUCCGAUUGCAGCGACGGCGACGACGAGGAGCAUUGCGACGGAAGUGGCUAUGAUAGCGAGGAAUGUCGGUUUGAUGAGUUCCGUUGCGGGACUGGGGAGUGCAUACCAAUGCGACAGGUGUGCGAUAACAUCUACGAUUGCAACGAUUAUUCCGAUGAGGUUAACUGCGCCGAAGGCGAAGAGGAGGAUAGUGUGGGCAUACCCAUUGGCCACCAACCGCGGAGGCCACCGCCCAAGCACGAAGACUGGCUGCACGAAAUGGACACCAACGAGUACCAUGUGUACCAGCCAAGUAAUGUCUAUGAGAAGGCCAAUUCACAAAAUCCGUGUGCUAGCAACCAAUUCCGCUGCACCACCUCAAAUGUUUGCAUCCCGUUGCAUUUGCGGUGCGAUGGUUUCUAUCACUGCAAUGAUAUGAGCGACGAGCAGUCCUGCGAGCAGUAUCAGCGGCACCCCACCACCCGACGCCCUUUGACCUUGGCCACAAUCUCCACCAUAUUCACCACCCAGGGCCCAGAUCUUCUGGAGCGUCGAAAUACCACCAGAGCCACCGAAGCAACGCGAUGGCCAUGGGCAACGAAACAGACAACCACCACGACCACGACUUCUAACCCAAUAACAACAGUUGGCGUAGCGAACAAACUACCCCAGACAUGCCUCGAAAACAUCGAAUUCGCGUGCCAAAAUCGCGAUUGCAUUUCGAUUGAGAGCGUCUGCGAUGGCACCAGCGACUGUGUAAGCAAUGAAGACGAGGACGACGCUCUGUGCAAGUGCAGCGGCGACAAGUACAAAUGCCAGCGCGGCGGAGGCUGCAUUCCGAAAUCCCAGGUGUGCGAUGGCAAACCUCAAUGCCGCGACCGCAGCGAUGAGAGUGCAUGUUCAAAUGGAGGAUUGAAUAAGCCUCGUUUGGGGGUCCAGUGCCUGGAGAGCCAGUUUCAAUGUGGCGAUGGAAGCUGCAUCUCCGGCUACAAAUACUGCAAUGGCAUCCACGAUUGCGCCGAUGCCUCCGACGAAUACAACUGCAUCUACGUUGACACCUACGACACCGAACCGGGCAACAAUCCAUUGAAUUCAUGUGAUAUCCUUGAGUUUGAAUGUGAAGACAGUCAGUGUUUGCCGAUAGAGAAGAAGUGCGAUGGCUAUGCAGACUGUGAUGACAUGAGCGACGAGUUCGAAUGUCAGCCUAACACAGACCAUUGUCUAGAGUCUGAGUUCGAAUGCGAUAGCUACUGCCUGCCCCUCGAUCAGUUGUGCAACGGAAUUCCCAAUUGCCAAGAUGGCAGCGACGAGCGCAACUGCACCUUCUGCCGGGAAGACGCCUACCUUUGCAACACCGGCGAGUGUGUGGCCGAUAAUCAGAGAUGCAACGGCAUCGCCGAUUGUGGCGACGGCAGCGACGAGCGUCACUGCGCAAGGAUACAUUGUCCACCUAACAAACUGGCCUGCAACGGCACUUGCGUCAGUCGGAGAAUAAAGUGUGAUGGCAAGCGCGAUUGCCUCGAUGGCUAUGACGAGAUGUACUGCGCCGAGACCAACAACCAUUAUCCCACACAAAAUGUGAAUGUUAUUCGACCAAAAUUGGGCCCCAAUCCCAUACCAAAAUCCUGCCGCCCCCAUGAAUGGCAAUGUGCGAAUCUCGAGUGCAUCGAUCACAGGUUGCAUUGCAAUAACUAUAAGGAUUGCUCCGAUGGAUCCGAUGAGGACCUCAGCGUUUGCUUUGGCACUGCCACCACCCGACUUAAGCCCAGCGACUGCAGUCCGGAUCAGUUCUACUGCGAUGAGUCGUGCUACAAUCGCUCCGUUCGAUGCAAUGACCACGCCGAAUGCUCUGAUGGCAGUGAUGAGGUGGGGUGUUCCAUGAAGUCACUGCCAUGUCCGCAACACCAGUGCCCCAGUGGCAGGUGUUAUUCGGAAAGUGAACGAUGCGACCGCCACAGGCACUGCGAGGACGGCUCCGAUGAGGCCAACUGCUGCUACGCAAACCAAUUCCGUUGCAAUAAUGGUGACUGCGUUGCGGAUACAGCUCCGUGCAACGGCUAUCCCGAGUGUAGUGACCAUUCCGAUGAGCUCAACUGUGGUGCAAACCAUGAGUGUCUGCCCAACCAAUUCCGCUGCAAUAGUGGCCAGUGUGUGAGCUCCUCAGUGCGAUGCAAUGGACGUACCGAUUGCCAGGAUAGCUCCGAUGAGCAAAAUUGCGGUCAUCGCCAUGUAGAGGUCAGUCAAGGCCUGGGAACGACUGGAGUUUUCACCACCUCCUCGACUAGCACCACUGCCAUGACACCGCUGAGAAUCAUCUGCCCGCCAACCUCAUUUAAAUGCGAAAAUGGUCCCUGCAUUUUGCUGGCUCUCCAAUGCAAUGGACGCGUUGAUUGUCCAUAUGAUGGUAGCGAUGAGGCGGAUUGUGGUCAAAUUAGCAACGAUAUUGAUCCCGUCGAGAGCAGCAAUGGACGUAAAUCGAACCAACUGAAUCUCAAGACCUAUCCCGACAGCCAGAUCAUCAAGGAGAGAUAUAUUAGGGAGGGUCGUGAGGUCACCUUCCGUUGCCGCGACGAAGGACCCGCUCGCGCCAGGGUCAGGUGGACCCGCCCCGGCGGACGACCUCUGCCACCUGGUUUCACCGAUCGCAACGGCCGCCUGGAGAUUCCCAACAUUAGGGUCGAGGAUGCCGGCAUUUAUGUUUGCGAGGCUGUGGGCUAUGCCAGCUAUAUUCCCGGCCAGCAGGUCACCGUAAACCUCAACGUCGAACGCUAUAACGAUGCUGCAUUCCGUCCGGAAUCAGCGUGUACGGAGUAUCAGGCCACCUGCAUGAACGGCGAAUGUAUUGACAAGACGUCCAUCUGCGAUGGAAAUCCGGACUGCACGGACGGCUCCGAUGAGCAAAGCUGCAGUUUGGGUCUCAAGUGCCAGCCCAACCAGUUCAUGUGCUCAAAUUCCAAGUGUGUGGAUCGCACCUGGCGAUGCGAUGGAGAGAAUGACUGCGGAGAUAAUUCCGAUGAGGCCUCCUGCGAUCCGGAGCCAAAUGGCGCUCCGUGCCGAUACAGUGAAUUCCAGUGCCGCAGUGGUCAUUGUAUACCCAAGAGCUUCCAGUGCGACUAUGUUCCUGAUUGCAUGGAUGGUACCGAUGAAGUUGGUUGCAUGGCACCCCUGCCAAUCCGUCCUCCACCGCAAUCUGUGGCCCUGUUGGAGGGAGAGAAGCUCGAGCUUACUUGCGUGGCAACCGGAACACCAACUCCCACAAUCGUGUGGCGUUUGAACUGGGGUCAUGUGCCCGAUAAGUGCGUAUCAAAGAGCUACGGUGGAACUGGAACACUCCGUUGUCCGGACAUGAGGCCGCAGGACAGUGGAGCUUACUCGUGCGAAAUUAUUAACACACGCGGCACCCACUUUGUGAACCCGGACACCAUUGUUACCGUGACCCCCGUGCGUACAGAUGUAUGCGAAGCUGGAUUCUUCAAUAUGUUAGCCCGCAAAUCGGAGGAGUGCGUCAAGUGCUUCUGUUUCGGUGUGGCUAGAGCCUGCGACAGCGCCAACCUAUUUACGUAUGCCAUCCAUCCGCCGAUCAUGUCGCACCGCGUUGUCAGUGUUGAACUGAGUCCAAUUCGCCAGAUUGUGAUCAAUGAGGCAGCCCCAGGUCAGGAUCUGCUUACACUGCUCCAUGGCGUUCAGUUCAGGGCCACCAAUGUUCAAUUCAGUGGCCGGGAGACGCCCUAUUUGGCCUUGCCCACGGAGUACAUGGGCAACCAGUUGAAGUCGUAUGGUGGAAACUUGCGCUACGAGGUUAACUACAGCGGCAGUGGAAGGCCCGUCAACGGCCCAGAUGUAAUAAUCACUGGCAAUCGCUUUACGCUAACUUAUCGAGUUCGCACUCAGCCGGGUCAAAACAACAGGGUGAGCAUUCCAUUUGUGCCUGGUGGAUGGCAAAAGCCCGAUGGUCGCAAGGCCUCGCGUGAGGAGAUCAUGAUGAUUCUGGCCAAUGUGGACAAUAUCCUGAUUCGACUCGGAUACCUGGAUAGCACCGCUCGCGAAGUAGAUCUUAUAAAUAUUGCCCUGGACUCGGCAGGCACUGCCGACAAGGGACUGGGCAGUGCCUCUCUCGUGGAGAAGUGCACGUGCCCAACUGGUUAUGUUGGUGAUUCGUGUGAGUCGUGCGCCUCCGGCUAUGUGAGGCAGCCCGGUGGACCUUGGUUGGGUCACUGUGUGCCGUUCAUCCCUGAACCUUGUCCAUCCGGCACCUUUGGAGAUCCCCGUCGUGGUGUGCCCUGCAAGGAGUGUCCUUGUCCGCUAACCGGCAUCAAUAACUUUGCCAGCGGCUGUCAACAAGGUCCGGAUGGCGAAGUAACUUGCCGAUGUAAUGAGGGCUACACGGGCAGGCGGUGCGAACAGUGCGCCGCUGGAUACCAGGGUAAUCCAAUGGCUGCGGGAGGAGUUUGCCGCAGAAUACCCGAAACUUCCUGCAACGCGUAUGGCACCUAUUCCACCUAUAGCAAUGGAACCUGCCAGUGCAAGGAUAGCGUAAUUGGCGAACAGUGCGACACUUGCAAGCCAUCGAGCUUCCACCUCAACUCGUUUACCUACACCGGUUGCAUUGAGUGCUUCUGCAGCGGAGUGGCCACGGACUGCGAUAGUAGCACGUGGUAUCGCGAUCAAGUGACAAGCACAUUUGGACGAUCGCUCGCCGAUCAUGGAUUCGCUUUGGUUACAAACUAUAUGGAAUUUAUUCCAAGCACCAUACCUGUAUCUAUUUCCACAGAUCUCAAGGAGUUGAGGUUUGUAGGAUCGGCUAGCCAUGCUGGAAAUACGCUCUACUGGAGUCUGCCAGCCGCCUUUUUGGGAAACAAGCUUUCUGCAUAUGGAGGCAAGCUGACAUACACCUUAAGCUACAGUCCCCCGCCCAACGGAAUUAUGUCCCGGAACAGUGCCCCAGAUGUGGUAAUCAAGAGUGGCGAGGAUGUAAGGCUCAUCCAUUAUAGGAAAUCACAGUUUGUACCCGGUGUGGCCAACACCUAUUCCGUGGAAAUCAAGGAAAGUGCCUGGCAGCGCGACGACGAAGUUGUGGCCAACCGUGAGCACGUUCUGAUGGCCCUUAGCGAUAUUAAGGCCAUCUACAUAAAGGCCACGUAUACCACUAGCACCAAGGAGGUCGCGCUGCGACAGGUGUCUCUGGAUGUGGCCACUCCCACGAAUCUGGGCACUGCCCGUGCCGUCGAAGUUGAACAGUGCCGCUGUCCCGAGGGCUACUUGGGUCUAUCUUGUGAGCAGUGCGCUCCUGGCUAUGCCCGCGAACCGGAGGCCGGCAUUUAUCUGGGAAUCUGCAAGCCUUGUGAGUGCAAUGGACAUUCCAAAUAUUGCAACAGCGAUACCGGCGACUGCGAAGAAUGUUCUGACAACACCGAAGGACCAAGCUGUGAGCGAUGCGCUCCUGGAUAUGUGGGUGAUGCCACCCGUGGAACAAUUUACGACUGCCAACCCGAUGACUCCGGACCUCCGCCAUACGACAACCAAACUUUUAAAUGCACAUCCUAUUGCUCGACUGAGGGCACCUAUGAAUGCCGCGGCAACGAGUGUCAGUGCAAGAGGAAUGUGAUUGGUGAUCGAUGCGAUCAGUGCCGCCCCGGAACCUAUGGACUGUCUGCUCAAAAUCAGGACGGCUGCAAAGAGUGCUACUGCUCUGGAUUGGCCAGCCAAUGUCGGUCGGCGCCUCUGUACCGCCAGCUAAUACCGGUGGACUUUAUUCUUAACGCACCGUUGAUUACGGACGAAAACGGAGUUGUCCAGGACACAGAGAACCUGAUUCCCGACAUAUCUAGGAAUAUGUUUACCUACGAGUAUAUCUCCUACCUACCCAAAUACUGGAGUCUUAGGGGAAGCGUGCUGGGCAACCAGCUAUACUCGUACGGCGGCCGCCUGUCGUACAGUCUAAUAGUGCAGUCCUAUGGCAACUAUGAGCGUGGCCAUGAUGUGGUGCUCAUUGGCAAUGGAUUGAAGCUCAUCUGGUCUCGACCCGAAGGAACUGAGGAUCAGGAGGAGUACAAUGUUCGACUGCACGAGGACGAGCAAUGGACCCGCCAGGAUCGUGAAUCAGCACAACCGGCUUCUCGUUCCGAUUUCAUGACUGUGCUGUCGGAUCUACAGCACAUCCUAAUCCGAGCCACACCCAAGGUGCCCACACAGAGCACUUCGAUCGGCAAUGUCAUUCUGGAGAGUGCGGUGACCACAAGGAUGCCGGGAGCUACGCAUGCUUCCGACAUCGAGUUGUGCCAGUGCCCCACCGGAUACACGGGCACUUCCUGUGAAUCCUGCGCACCUCUCUACUACCGCGAUGCCAGCGGAUCCUGCAGCCUGUGUCCUUGCGAGGCUUCCAACACGGAGUUCUGUGACCUGGUCAGUGGCGGAUACGUUGAAUGUCGUUGCAAGGCACGUUGGAAGGGCGAUCGGUGUCGCGAGAUCGACACCAACGAUCCAACGCACACCGGUACUGCCGAUCCCGUGCUCUCCCAGAUAAUCGUGUCCAUUCAGAAGCCAGAGAUCACCAUUGUGCCAGUCGGCGGUUCUAUGACCCUCAGCUGUAGCGGUCGAAUGCGAUGGAACAAUAGUCCAGUCAUUGUGAACUGGUACAAGGAGAACAGUCGCCUGCCCGAGAAUGUUGAAGUCCAAGGCGGUAAUCUGUAUCUGUACGACCUACAGAUCAGCGAUUCUGGAAUCUACAUCUGCCAGGCCGUCAACAACGAAACGGCCAGAGUGUAUACGGACUCUGUAUCCAUUACCAUAUCCAAGAAAGACCAGCUUUCACCGGCUGAGAUUGUGAAUUUGCCGAGCCACGUUACAUUUGAGGAGUACGUUACCAAUGAGAUCGUCUGCGAGGUGCGUGGCAACCCAGCACCCAGAGUCACCUGGGCGCGAGUGGACGGCCAUGCGGAUGCGCAAAGUACCCGGACAUACGACAAUCGCUUGAUCUUCGAUUCGCCAAGGAAAUCGGACGAAGGUCGCUAUCGCUGCCAGGCGGAAAAUGAACAGAACCGGGAUGAGCAGUACGUGAUCGUCUAUGUUGAGAGCAAUGCACCACAGCCUCCGCCGCCGCAGGAUCGCUUGUACAUCACACCGGAGGAGAUUAAUACCCUGGCCGGCGAUUCCUUCCAGUUGAACUGUCAAUUCACAAGUGUUGCCUCACUGCGCUACGAUUGGACCCACGAAGGGCGCUCCUUAUCCUCUUCGCCCGCCCGAAAUGUUCAGAUCCGAGGCAAUGUCCUGGAAGUUCGCGAUGCCAGCGAACGCGACUCCGGCAUCUACACCUGUAUAGCCUAUGACGUCCGCACCCGCCGCAACUUCACCGAGAUCGCCCGUGUUAACAUCGAGCAACGUGAGGAACUACCACUUGGCAACAAACCGAUCAUCGAGAGCUUGGAGCAGAAUAUCCUGAUCAUCCAGGGCGAGGACUACAGCAUCACUUGCAAGGCCAGUGGAUCGCCAUAUCCCUCGAUCAAGUGGGCCAAGGUGCACGAUCUUAUGCCCGAAAACGUCCACAUUAGUGGCAACGUGCUGACCAUCUAUGGCGCACGAUUCGACAAUCGUGGUGUCUACUCCUGCGUUGCCGAAAAUGUCCACGGAUCCGAUUUGUCCAGCACAAGUAUCGACAUUGAACCCCGGGAGCGGCCGAGUGUAAAGAUUGCAUCGGCGCCGCUGCAAACAUUUUCGGUUAGCGCACAGGCUUCCCUCUACUGCACGGUAGAGGGCAUUCCCGAUCCGACCAUCGAGUGGGUUCGUGUGGACGGUCAACCGCUGUCGCCGCGUCACAAGAUCCAGGCACCCGGCUACAUGGUGAUCGACGAUAUUCAGAUCGAAGACAGCGGCGACUACGAGUGUCGCGCAAGGAACAUUGUCGGCGAGGCGUCCGGCGUGGCCACUAUUAACGUCCAGGAGCCAACUAAUGUCCAUUUAAUGCCCAACAACCGGGACAUCAAGCUCACGGAGGGCGAUGAACUCUCAGUGACUUGCGUGGGCAGCGGCGUUCCUAACCCGGAAGUCUAUUGGCUUUAUGAAUCGGGAUCGAAUCGGAAUGCUCUCAAAGUCAACCGCCCGAGCAAUACAGCAGUCCUCAACAUCUACCGAGUUUCCCUGAAGGAUGCAGGCAUAUACACUUGCCGUGGAAGCAACGAAGCCGGCACCGAUGAAGUUCACAUUCGCGUGGAUGUCCAUGCAAGGCGCGGAGAUAUCGGAGAAGUUGAUGAUGAUACCGACCUGGAACCCGUACACUACGAUCCGGAACCACCCCGACUCCCUGGCAUCGAUCAGCCGAGCAACCAACUCCUGCCCACCGACUUUGGUGAAAAUGUGACCCUGACCUGCGACAUAUACCAAAACGUGAACACAAAGUGGGAACGCGUCGACGGGUCACCACUGCCACACAAUGCCUACGCGUUUAAAAACAGGCUGGAAAUUGUGCACAUAGAACAGCAGAAUUUGGGUCAGUACCGCUGCAUUGGAAUCGGUCGCGAUGGCAAGCCUGAGUCCUAUGUGGUUAGGGAGCUGGUCCUUCUGCCCCUGCCCAGAAUCAGGUUCUACCCGAAUAUACCGCUGACCGUGGACGCGGGCCAGAACUUGGACGUGCACUGCCAGGUGGAGAACGUGCGUCCGGAGGACGUCUAUUGGAGUACCGACAACAAUCGACCACUGCCCAGUUCGGUUCGCAUCGAGGGCAGCGUCCUGCGCUUCGUGUCCAUCACACCGGCGGCUGCCGGUGAAUACCGCUGCUCCGCCUUCAAUAAAUAUGGAAACCGAUCGGAGAUCGCAAGGGUGGUGGUAAAGAAGCCCACCGGCUUCCAGCUGGUUCCGCAGUCGCAGGUGCAACAGCAGCGCGAAGGUGAAAGCAUCAAACUGCAAUGCAGUUUGACCACUCAGUACGGCGGCAAUGUUCAGUUCAAGUGGUACCGCUACGACGGAAGUGUCCUGCCGAACAACGCCCGUCCGGAUAGCCAGGUGCUGGUGCUGUCCAAUUUGCGACCCGAGGAUGCGGGCCGAUACAUCUGCGACUCGUACGACGUGGACCGAAGGCAGCAACUGUCCGAAGUCUCCAUCGACUUGCAAGUACUAAGAGUUACUGCCCAGUAUCCUUACAAUCGGUUCAAGGGCGGUGUCUCCCUGAAGGACACGCCCUGCAUGGUUCUGUAUAUUUGUGCAGCGGCUACCCCGCCACCCAACAGCCCCAUCUACCUCCCGCCGCCGCAGUUGCCAGGAAAGAGCCGCGACUACAGCCUCAAACUGGAUGAGCAGUCCUCGAACCUGCGCGCUGGUGACUCCACCAAUGUCGAGUGCUACUCCUACGAUGACACCUACACCGACGUGGUGUGGGAGCGAUCUGACGGCACUCCACUGAGCAAUAACGUCCGGCAAGUGGGAAAUCGCCUGGUGAUCAGUAAUGUGGCGCCAAGCGAUGCCGGCAGCUAUGUGUGCAAGUGCAAGACGGACGAAGGAGAUCUGUACACCACCAGCUACAAGCUUGAGGUCGAGGAUCAGCCCCAUGAACUCAAGAGUUCCAAGAUUGUCUACGCCAAGGUGGGCGGCAAUGCCGAUUUGCAGUGUGGAGCCGAUGAAGGUCGACGACCCACCUACCGAUGGUCCCGCCAAUACGGCCAACUUCAAGCGGGACGCGAUCUCCUGAACGAGAAACUGUCCCUGAACAGUGUGCAGGCAAACGAUGCCGGUACGUACAUCUGCACCGCCGCAUAUGGCGAUGGCGAGACGGUGGACUUCCCCAACAUCCUGGUUGUGACCGGGGCGAUUCCCCAGUUCCGGCAAGAACCCCGCAGCUACAUGAGCUUCCCCACGCUGCCAAACUCAUCGUUUAAGUUCAACUUCGAGCUGACCUUCCGGCCGGAAAACAGCGACGGUCUCCUGCUGUUCAACGGACAAACCCGCGGAAGUGGUGACUAUAUCGCACUAUCGCUCAAGGAUCGCUAUGCGGAGUUCCGAUUUGAUUUUGGUGGCAAGCCGAUGCUGGUGCGAGCUGAGGAACCACUGGCGCUGAAUGAGUGGCACACGGUACGCGUUAGUCGCUUCAAGAGGGAUGGAUACAUCCAGGUGGACGAACAACAUCCGGUGGCCUUCCCCACCCUGCAGCAGAUACCCCAACUUGAUUUGAUCGAAGAUCUGUAUAUUGGCGGAGUGCCCAACUGGGAGCUCCUGCCCGCCGAUGCUGUUAGCCAGCAGGUUGGCUUUGUCGGCUGCAUCAGUCGCUUAACCCUGCAAGGACGCACCGUGGAACUGAUCCGGGAGGCCAAGUACAAAGAGGGCAUCACCGACUGCCGGCCAUGUUCGCAAGGACCAUGCCAAAAUAAGGGAGUCUGUUUGGAGAGCCAGACCGAGCAGGCCUACACCUGCAUUUGCCAGCCGGGAUGGACUGGUAGGGACUGUGCCAUUGAGGGCACCCAGUGUACGCCCGGAGUCUGUGGCGCCGGACGCUGCGAGAAUACGGAUAACGACAUGGAGUGCCUGUGCCCACUGAACCGAUCCGGAGAUCGAUGCCAAUACAAUGAGAUUUUAAAUGAACAAAGUCUCAACUUUAAGGACAACAGCUUUGCUGCCUAUGGAACUCCCAAAGUCACCAAAGUCAACAUCACGCUCUUCGUACGUCCGUCAAGCUUGGAGGACUCCGUGAUUUUGUAUACGGCAGAAUCUACUUUGCCCAGCGGCGAUUACCUGGCACUGGUACUACGUGGUGGCCACGCGGAGCUCUUAAUAAAUACGGCGGCGCGUUUGGACCCUGUGGUGGUGCGAUCUGCGGAGCCACUGCCCCUGAACCGCUGGACAAGAAUUGAGAUCAGACGUCGCCUGGGCGAAGGAAUCCUACGGGUGGGCGACGGACCAGAGCGAAAGGCCAAGGCUCCAGGCUCCGAUCGAAUUUUGUCCCUUAAAACCCAUCUCUAUGUGGGCGGCUACGAUCGCUCCACGGUCAAGGUCAACCGGGACGUGAACAUCACCAAGGGCUUCGAUGGCUGCAUCUCCAGGCUAUACAACUUCCAAAAACCUGUUAAUCUCCUAGCGGACAUCAAGGAUGCGGCAAAUAUCCAGAGUUGUGGGGAGACAAAUAUGAUUGAAGGCGACGAGGAUACCGACAACGAGCCGCCAGUUCCGCCUCCAACGCCAGAUGUUCACGAGAACGAACUUCAACCAUAUGCGAUGGCACCGUGUGCAAGCGAUCCAUGUGAAAACGGAGGAAGCUGCAGCGAACAGCAGGGCAUGGCCGUAUGCUCCUGUCCUUUCGGAUUCAGUGGCAAGCAAUGCCAGGAGCACCUCCAAUUGGGCUUCAAUGCCUCGUUCCGGGGCGAUGGGUACGUCGAGCUAAAUCGAAGCUACUUCCAACCCGCUUUGGAGCAAUCCUACACCUCUAUGGGCAUCGUCUUCACCACCAACAAGCCGAACGGUCUGCUGUUCUGGUGGGGCCAAGAGGCUGGAGAGGAAUAUACCGGACAGGACUUCAUAGCUGCCGCAGUGGUUGAUGGCUAUGUAGAGUACUCCAUGAGACUCGAUGGCGAGGAGGCGGUGAUCCGGAACAGUGAUAUUCGCGUGGACAACGGGGAGCGACACAUUGUGAUCGCUAAGAGGGACGAAAACACCGCCAUUUUAGAGGUCGAUCGCAUGCUGCAUUCGGGUGAAACCCGACCUACCAGCAAAAAGGCGAUGAAGCUGCCGGGCAAUGUUUUUGUCGGUGGCGCUGCUGACAUCGAGGUGUUUACGGGUUUCCGAUACAAGCACAAUUUGAACGGCUGCAUAGUGGUCGUCGAGGGCGAAACUGUGGGCCAAAUUAAUCUUAGUUCCGCUGCCGUUAACGGAGUGAAUGCCAACGUCUGUCCCGCUGACGAUGAUCCACUGGGAGGAACCGAACCGCCAGUCGUCUGAGGACACAACCAACAACCGAAACUAGCUUUUUAAUUAAACAUUAACAAAUGAAACAAAACGAACAACAAUUUUUAUAUAUACAACAUAUGAAUAAGCCCAAGAAAAUCCACAAAAAAUUGAAUAUUAUAUCACUUACACAUAAUAUAAAAGCAAAAAAAAAAAAGAAAAGAGAAACGAUCACUUCAACUACAAUUGCUUCUUCGAUCCUUAAGUCCAAGUUAAAGAUUGUAGCAAGGAAAAACGCGAAUAUCACAAACAUUUAUUUAACAAAAACGCCAUGCAAGAAGUGAAAUGAAACAGAUACAAUAAUGCAAUUUAUGCAAAUAAUACAGAAAAUACAGAUACAGUUAAAGCCUAGAACCCUAAGAACUUACUAACUAACUCGAGCAACAACAACGCAUACUAGCCAACUGCAACCACAAAAAAAAACACAAUAGUGAAGGCAUUUUAAAUAUAAUUUUAGUCUCUAGCUUAUGACCUAUGACUACGACUCUUUUUUUGCCAACCCAGUGUAAAAAGUUGGAGAUCGAAAAUUGGCCCUACACACACACACAAGACCACGUUAUUGAUUAAAAACCCAAUUGAUAAUAAACAUGCAUAUAAUGAUAAAUGAAUUACUAAGAAUGCAACUAUUGUGAACGGGCGAAAACCGUUGAGUGGAUAAAAGCAAUUGCAGAAGAUAUAUUAAAAUGAAAUCAACAA